AUGUAUGGACAUGAUAUUUUACAUAAUUUGAGGAAUUGGGCUAUUGGAUGGAUUGACUGGAAUAUUUGUUUAAAUAUGGAAGGAGGUCCAAAUUGGGUCAACAAUAUUGUAGAUGCUCCCAUCCUUGUGGAUGGAGAGAAAGAUGAAUUUUAUAAGCAACCAAUGUUUUAUUUUAUCGCACAUUUUAGUAAAUUUAUUCCUCCUGGUUCUGUCCGUAUCAACUCUUCAUUAUUUAAUAAUUUAUCUGAUUAUUCAAUUAAUUUAUUAAAUAAAGUAGAUCAUGUAGCUUUUGUUACUCCUAGAGGGGAUAAAAUAAUUGUUUUGAUAAAUCCAAAUGAAGAAAUUAUUGAAUUAAAUAUUAAAGAUAUUGUUGAGGAUAGAGAAAUGAAAAUUGAAUUAGAACCUAAUUCUAUUAUGACAGCUAUUUGGAAUUGA